UGCAAGUGGAUUUGUUGGUCAAUGUGCAGCGAGAGAAGCAGCGGGAAUUGUUGUUGAAUUAGUUAAACAAAAAAAGAUGGCCGGCCGGGCAGUUCUUUUUGCUGGUCCGCCGGGGACUGGAAAGACGGCAAUUGCUAUGGCUAUGGCUCAGGAAUUAGGGGAUAAAGUGCCUUUUGUUCCGAUGGUGGGAUCGGAGGUUUUUUCUAGUGAAGUGAAGAAAACUGAAGUUUUGGUUGAAAAUAUUCGAAAAGCUAUUGGUCUUCGUGUAAAAGAAACAAAAGAAGUAUUUGAAGGCGAAGUUGUAGAAUUAUCACCAAAAGAAAUUGAAAAUUCCCCUUUGACCGGACUUGGGAAAACAAUUUCACAUGUUAUGUGCACUUUGAAGACAACAAAAGGAUCUCGGGAACUUCGUUUAGAUCCUUCUAUUUAUGAUUCUCUUUUGAAACAAAAAGUUUCAGUUGGUGAUGUUAUUUAUAUUGAGGCUGGCUCUGGAACUGUUAAACGUUUGGGACGGUCAGAUAUUUUUGCCAACGAAUUCGAUUUGGAUGCCGAUGAAUUUGUUCCAAUGCCAAAGGGUGAUGUACACAAAAGUAAAGAGCUUGUUCAGUAUGUUAAUUUACAUGAUUUUGAUUCUGCAAAUUCUGCCCCACAUGGAAAGGCUGGGGAUAUGAUGACUAUGUUGUCACAGAUUUUAAAACCGAAAAAGACUGAAAUUACAGAAAAACUCAGAAAUGAAGUCAACAAAGUAGUUAAUCAAUUAAUUGAAUCGGGCCAAGCAGAACUCCUUCCCGGUGUUUUAUUUAUCGAUGAAGUUCAUAUGCUCGAUUUGGAAUGUUUUACAUUUUUACAUAGAGCAUUGGAAUCUGAAAUUAGUCCAAUUAUUGUUUUUGCUACAAAUCGGGGGAGGACAAAAAUUAGGAAUUCUGAUGAAGUUGGAUUUUAUGGAAUUCCUUCUGAUUUAAUUGAUCGAUUAUUAAUUGUUCCAACAAAAUUAUAUUCUAUUGAUGAAAUUUCUUCGGUAAAUCUAUUUUUUACAUUAAGAAAUUUAUGGACCUCAAGUAGAGAAAGAGGGGAGGGGCACCAGGGAUGA